AUGGAAAAAACGAGCCACUGGCUCGACGUCCCCUCGUCGCUGCUCGGCGGCGGGCGGGCGCGGCUGCUGCGCGUCGCGGGCCUACUCUGCAUCUGCCUGGUGCUGACGCUCCUCUACAGCACCAGCGGCGGCGGCGGCGGCGGACGACACAUGCUGUACAACACGAGGCCAGCAGGGUCCAAGACGACCGUGGCGCUCGCGCGACCGUCGCGCGCGGAGCAGCGGCUCAUGGACGCGGCCGGCAACGCGACGCUCGGGUUCGCUUCGGUCCAGUUCAUCAACCUGCCGCUGCGGUUCGACCGCCUCGACGCGGCGACGCUACAAGCGUGGCUGUCGGGCGUCGAUAUUACCGAGGUGAAAGGCGUCGGGGCAGCUGAGAUUAUUGAUGUCGGCAUGCCCCCGGAACACCUGACGCGCGUGAAAAAGACGGAAAAGGGCUGCUGGCGAGCCCAUGCCAAUAUCUGGAGCCAGAUGCUCCGCGACAAGACCCCUGCGGUCCUCGUCCUCGAGUCCGACGCCGCAUGGGACGUUGAAGUGCGCGCCAUCAUGCGCACCCUCAACCAGCACUUUACCUACCUCCUCGACGCGCUGCACUCGCGAUCCCUUCCCAACCCGAGCUUCCGCGCGCGCGACGGCAGCGCCGGCGGCGGCGGCGCCGACUACUGGGGCGACGCGCUCGGUGCCGAGCGCGUGGUGCGGCGCUCCGGCGGCAUCGUGUGCACCACGGCCUACGCCGUGUCGCAGACGGGCGCCGCCAAGCUGCUCCUGCGCAGCGCCGUCGACCUCGACAACCCCGUCGACCUCGUCAUGCGCCGCAUGAUCCUCUCGGGCGACCUGCGCGUCUACAGCGUCAUGCCCACCGUCUUUGGCCAGUGGGAGUACGUCGACGGCAUCGGCAUGUCUGAGCGCGGCGCCAACAGCGACAUCCACGGCGGCAACCCCGACCCCGACGCCCCCGACGCCCCCCUCAACCUCACCGGCUGGGACACGGUCCAGCAGACCGGCAGCAUCUGGCAGAACAGGGAGGGCCACCCGAGCAUCGCGUUUACCGACAUGGCGCUGCAGAAAGCCUGGGGGCUGAUUAUGGGCGACUCGACGCUGCCCGCCAGCCAGUUUAAUGAGACGGACGGGAACUGA